AUGGCGGACCUCACGUCUCUGCUGCUUGCGGCCACCCUUGGCGGCGGAGGACCACGUCAGCCAUCUCAGGGUCUCGAACUUCCGUCAUUUUUCAACUGCGGGGCAAAAGAAGCAGAAAUUGAUGAGAAGUUUGUGAAUGCUCCCCCACCCAAGCAGGGACCGCUGUUUUUGCGAAUGUGCGUUCUAUGCGGAAAUGAUCUAGCUGCAGGCGACGUCACGGGGGCUUCUGACCCGUAUGUGAGCAUCCGCUAUGAGGGCAACUCCUUUUGCUCGCCGCCUCAAAUGAACACGCUCAACCCUGUAUGGGAGUAUUCGUUCGAGACAGAAAUCAAAGAAAAUGGAACACUACAUAUUAGCGUGUAUGACCAAGACAUGGGAAUGCAAGGAGACUUUUUGGGCUCUUGCCAGAUGCAGAUAACGAGGAGCCCAUGCAAGCUGAAGAAGGAGACGAUCCCGCUAGCCUCUGUCCCUGCUCCGUUUUUUUCAAAGCCGCCGAACAGUCGCAUAACUGUGUUCUACCAUAUUGUCGAGAGACUAGAAGACCAACCAGACUUGGUCGAGCUGGCGAGACGUUUGGGUGACGAUGCUACGGAACAGCAGAAGCCGCAGAACAUGACAGUUAGAUGUUGCUGCCUGCAAACAGACCAUCCGUCAGUUUCCAACGACAAAAUGGCGGCCCUACGCUUGACCAUCGGAUCUCAAAGGGCCAUCAGCCCUCCCGGAAUCCCUGAUGGCGAGCGCUACUUGUAUGGACCCCCGGGUGUGGGUUGGCAAACUGACUUCAGCUUGAAAGAUACCACCCUGGAGGAUUUGUUGCAACUCCGCAUUGUUGUCGACUGGAUGCUUCGCGAAGCGACGGCUGACGAGAUAGAAGGGGCACGGAAGGAAUACUUGAAUGCAGCUGUACCAGACCAAAGUCCUGACCCAGAAGACACAGUGAAGCCAAACGAUGCUGAAGCAUCACCUGAAGCAAUCAAUAACGGUGGAGAUUUUUCAGAAGAGCGUCAUUGCCGCAUUGGCCAAAAGGUGAAAAUUCAAACGACAACCAGCGGCUUGGCCAGAGAAGUAGAUGUGAGUAACCGGGAUGCUGAAGACGCACCUACACUCACUCUCCAAGGACAAUUCCCGCCCUUGCCACCGCAAAAACGCGUGGGCUGGAGGACCGUGAGGGCCCUUUUCAAUGUGUUUGUUUUCCCUCGUCAGAAAGGUUUCUUAACAUUUGGCUCAUGGCAGUUGCCACUGGAGGAGAUCCGUGAAUUUUGCAGCGAGCGUCGCCUAUGUGCUUGGGCUGCGCGGUGUACUUUAACAAGUAAAAGCGGAGUCAGAAGGGGAGAGCUGCUGAUGCAUGUUGACAUUUUUGCAGAAGGCGAGAAACCUCUGCCAAAAGCAAACAUUUUGCGUUAUCCACCUCCAGUGUCGCUCGGGUCUGCCAUUGCAGCUGCUGUGACACCUGGGAACGAAACGAAUGCUGGAGAACCAUCAGAGGCCGUUGAUCCUUCCAAAAAAGACUUGACGCUGUACGUACACUUGUAUGCGGACUUCCUCCCGAAGACAGAUGCGGACUUCGACUCGCAGCCGUGGAACGACUGUGACCCCUUUGUGGUGAUCAAGUCAAGCCACCUGAAGGGACAGAAAAAUUCGUGGACGACAACUGUUCAAAACAAUCGCCAGAGAGAAGUUGAGUGGGAGUGCAUGACUAUUCAAGUUUGCAAAGACCAGCGGCGUCGCCGAUUGCAGCUGGAAGUUUUCGACUCUGAUACUCCUUUCAUGUUUGGCUCGGGCAUCUUAAAGCAGCAAGUGGGCAUGGCUCAAAUGAGACAAAUACCGCUGAACCGUCCUACCUGGCUGCACAUGUUUGGGGGUGCAAUAAAUGGAACGAGGGAAGAAUUCAGCACCGCCAUGAUCAAGGGGGCUCUGGAACCUCCGUCAACGUACCGCGGCAGCCUCUGCGUCCUUGCUGACACGAAGCGCACGAAACGAAAAAACUGGCCACCAUUCCCGGACCGCUCGGGAGUCUUAGUUCAUGUCCAAAUAGUAAUCGGCAGAGCCAUUUACUUACCUGACACAUAUCGGGGUCGGGAAGUUAGCUUACUAAUUCAAGUUCCUGGGUGCGUUCUAGAAAUACCUGGACCCAUAGUUGCUCCUGGACGUGGUCUUUUUGCUCAGCGGCAAGUAGUCAAGCCAGUUACCCUGACGAGGAAUCUCACUGGAACCCGGAAAUGCAGGGAAAUGGCUGAAAUACCGCAUGCAAAUUCCGAUAUCCUCGAGUUUCCGGGUUAUGUCGACGAUAGUGGUGUGCUUCGUGUGUAUAAUUGGACAGCACCACGUGCGCAGAUGCAACACGACACAGCCAUUGCAUUCAAAGAAGCUAACGCAAAUGGCGGGGGCAUGGCAGGCAGCACAUAUGAGACAGACUCGUCUCUUAAAGGCCUCAGCAAGCUUCCUACUUCCUUGCUGAAUGCCUGGGUUUUUCGUGAAUCCGAGGCAGUGUUCCUGCUCCCUCAGGUACAGCAUGCUUACGUGUACUUGGUACCAGUUGGAGAGGAACACGAGCCACCAAAAAUAUUUGGUCGCAUUCCCCUCACUCUCAGUGAGCGUACGAAGGCAGCUUUUGAGAAAUCUGGCUCAGCAGGAAGUUCCAACGAGUGGCCGCCAGCUGAAGCCUUAGCUUCUGGGAAAUCAGACAGCGAAUCAGAGCUGCAGCAGAUAAUCGGACUCAGAAGCGGAGAGGAAGCAAAGAAAACUUUACACCCCGCAGUGCCUGAGUGUGCGAGAAUGUCUUGGGAGUCCAGCACAAUACGAGAGCCAAACUCGGCGUCGAUGUCCGAUGACGGAAUCGAUAUUGAGCCGCUUAAGUGGAUCCAAAUGCAUUGGGACCAGUCCGUGACACCUCUGCCAGAAUGUCGCUUUCCCUCCACGUUUGCUGCGUGCCUACUUGCCUCUGCACGUGCUGUUUUAAGCUCCCCAGAUUCAUCUCCAGCAUACGAUUCUACUGCUGCUGGUGAUUCACAAAGCAGCCUAGACGACCUCAGCGAAGGAAGAGGCUCAGAUUCCGCAAACGGGAAAGCGGACCCUGGGGAGUUGCCUACAGACAGACGCUUGACUGUUCAGAACGAAAUUCCCAAAACAGAGUUUGUUUCAGUGUUCUGUGGAAUGGACACAGUUGAGCGUCGCUGUGGUCAUGUAGGAAGGAAAGUCUUUAGCGAGUCGCUGUUUUGCCUUUCACCUCCAAGUGGGCGACCUGAACAGCGUGAACCUAGCGGGCCUUCCAGAGGCGGUUUGAGUGGCCAAGCCACUAUUCCAGAGGCGGCAACUCCUCCAACUUCGUUUCUCUCUGCUUCCCCCUUCUACAAGAAGGUCUAUUUCCAUGCCGAUAUACUACAGGCUAGGAGUCUCCCUGCAAUGGAUAAUGACGCCCUUGUCAAUCCGUGGUGGUCUCUCGAAGUCGAGGGGGAGGUAAUUAAAAUGGUUGACGAGAGCCAAAUUGAUCGAGAAAUGAGUUGCUUGAAGACAAGCUUGAAUCCAGCUUUUCUUCAGCGUACAGGAGCUCCUGUAUACUUGUACCUUAGUCCUCAAACGAGUGUACAAGCACUUUCUUUUGCAAACGGAAUACCGCCAUUUGAUCAGUUGCUGCUUCCUCCUCCUCCUGUCUUACUACGUUUAUUCGACAUCGACAUCGAGAAGGGCGGCGAAGUGACGAAGGAAAUGAUAGCAUUGAUCGUUGAGUGGAGUCCUAAAAAUAUCGACGCGAGGUACAGAGCUGCUUUGCAGGAGCUGGAGGGUUUGAGGAGCCAGGACAAUGAUAAGGAGCUCAGGAACUCAGAAACGGACGUUAAUUAUGCCCACGAAGCGAUUUGGUACUCACUUUCCAGCAAAGAGCAGGUGGCAUUCGCCACAGUGGAGGGAAGUAUGGCAAAGAGCCUUGAGUGGGACACAAAGCCUCGGCUUCUUGCAGCUGUUGGUUUUACCCUAGGUGGCACUGAGACUUCCACAAAGCAGCCUAUCCUUGCAGGAAAGAAGGCAGCCUCUGCAAGUGAAUCAAAGGGAAAAGAAAUGAGACGAGAAGCUAGCACACAACUGGCUCACUGGCCAGUGCUUGCUCUUGACAACCCCGCUACUGUUGAAGUUUCUAAGUGCAAGCUUUUGAGAUACCACUUUGAUAUCGACAUCCUUGGCGUUCGGUUUCUUCCAACGUCGCAAGCCGAUCAGCUUUCAGAAUAUAUCCUCCAGGUGUCUGCGUUUUGGCAAGGGAAGGCAAAGGAUUUGCAAUUGGCCCUGAGCUCUUCAGACUUUCCGGCUCCAAAUGUGAUUGCGAGGUUCAGCGAGACCGAACCUGAGACGAAGCGGAAAGUGUUUGUCGAGGUAUUCGAUGCAAAAGAAGAAAAACUGUCUCGGCAAGUUUUGUUGCCAAUACGCCGCAACAUUGAGUCAAGCACUGCCCCCGGCCAGUGGGUUGGAGCACGAUUGUCCAUCAGCUCCUUCGUCACGCCGUAUCUGCCCUAUAUUCAAGAUGUAGUAUCGCAUACAUCACAUCCCGCAGAAAGGGGGCGAAGGUUGGCGCCUACAAAGUCAGGGGGUGGAAAGGAUUGGAAGUCUAUUGGCUCACAAGGAACAUUCUGCACCCGGAAAGAUUCUGAAGGCUCUUACCGCAGCAGGGGCAGCGUGCGCAUAAUGCAGAAUCGAGGAGUGAAGGCAAUUUUACCUGACAUUUGCUUCCGCUUAGUGAACAAAGACGGAGCUGAGAUGGGCACAUUGUCCCUGGCACUGAACUCGUUCGUAAAAGUACCGCAGGGAGAGAACUGCCUCAAGCUUCAGCUUGAGAGUCCGCUGCUGGCCCGACUUCCUCCCCCGAUGGUGGACAUGGCAAUGAUGGAACAGCGGAUCAUGCCAGACUUGCCUUUUGUGAAUACUGUUGAUAUAGACAUCAUCGUCGAGUGUUUCAGCGAAUACACUGGUGAAUUGAUAUACGACUCCGACUGUCGACCAGGUCGGAUGCUGACUGAUCAUGAUAUGUUUUUUGUACGUGACAAAGCGGGAGUUGUCUACACGCACGUCUUAAACGCUGAUGACUACUUCGUUGGGUGUGAAGAUAAAGAAGAUGUCCCGUUUGUGGAGCCUGUCAUGAAAGCCGACUUGUCUGAUUCGGGCCCAAACUCUAUGGAGUACGCCCAGUUUUUUGAAGAAACCCGUCGUUGCAGCAACGAGAGAAAGGAUACCCUGCAGCUGGGCAACAACAAAAGGCUCAUGCAGCAACCAAAAACAUUUUUGCCAGAGGAUGAAGGAGAGGAAGCGCCAAAGCAAAAAUAUGACUCCAAAGCAAGAGGUAAUCGUGAGGAAAACCGAGUCCGUCAUGCAACACGCACUUGGGUCCGCAAACGAGGUCAUGAAGCCUCACUUGAUGAAGAGAAUUCUUGUUUGUUGGCUCGACUGAUGCUGAUGCGUUCGGAUUAUGGCGGGUCCCUGGAAUCUCAUAGAGAAACAGUUACAGCAGCCAACAAGGAUCUUCCAAGAACUCUACUGCCAACUUUUAACAUGGAGUGGUUGUCUGGUCUGCAUCGGCCAGUGGAUGUGACGGUCACUUUGGUAGGACAGGUGGGACAAGCAGAGCGACAGCAGUUGGAAGUGGAGAUUCUCGAGCAGGAGUCCGAGCUGGCAAAGCUUCGAGAAGCCGGGGGUGGUUACAGAAAGUGUUUCUAUGAGGACUCAAAGGCAGGCUUUAGCUACUCCAUUGACGUGCAGCGUGGAGAAUUAGUGUGUCGGUUGAAAAAGACUUGCACCUACUUCGACCGUGACCAAACCGUGUUAUGGUUUGACAGCUUUUCAAUGUUGCCGACGCUCAACUUGGCGCACCCUGUGGUUUGGGGAGAAGACAAGAAGAAAAUUGCCCUGCUGAAAGGGUGGGUGAGAGUGACGGAUGUUACAGCGACAAACAAGGCCUUGACAGACAAGGCCGAUGACGGGGCAGCGAAGGGACCCUCUCAAGCAGUAUCUGAGACAAAGGCACUCGCGCAGCGUCAACAGCUGCCGGGAAACAAGCAGACCUCCAGCAACUCGGCCGACACAAGCUCUCUCGCGACUUCUGGCUAUGCUCCUCCCGAUGUGCUUAUAGCACCACCUAUGCACCGCUGGAUGGAAGAAGUUGUUGUAGUGCAUGUUUACAUUUUAACUGCGCGAAACCUUCAAAAUGUGGACACCAUAGGCAUGAGCGAUCCGUAUCUAAAGCUCCAAGUGGGGCAGCAGAUUACAGUCUCCGACCGGGUAUUUGAUGGCAACUGUAAUCCGAACUUCUACGAGCACUUUGUAUUUCAACUGCUGAUUCCGGGGCCUGCCCUCCUAAAAAUUGUUGUCAUGGAUAAGGGUGAUGUGCUGCAAAGCGACUCGCCAUUAGGCAUGGUUUCUGUUGACCUGGAAGAAAGCCCAGUUGUAGGACCGGGGAAGAAAGCUUAUGUUCCGCCACUGCAUUACUUCCCUAUUGAGUAUCAACCCCUUCAAACAGGGGAAAACGAAGGGGAGCUUGGUGUUUCUCAGGGGACCCUUCGAUACUUUAUCGAUAUGGUUGGUGAACAAGAUCCAUAUGAAGAAAUCUACAUCUCGAAUUUGGGACAAGAAGAAGAAUUCGAGCUUCGUUUUAUCAUUUGGAAUGUGGAAAACAUAAACGUCUUCAAGGGUUCUUCAGGGGAACGCAACGAUCUCAAAGUUCGCGUGGAGCUCUUCACGACAGAUUUUGAGUUGGAGGAUUCAUACGACUGCUUUGACACAGACGUGCACUUCUUCUCCCGACGCACUGCCACUUUCAACUGGCGCAUAUUGAAACGCGUUAAGCUACCACUGGCAGCUAUGAGCGCAAAGCUUACUCUGAUCGAUAUUAACGCUCCUGCAACUGACAAUGCUCUUUACAACUCCGAGACUCUCAGCCUCGAUGCAUUUGCCCUCUCGGCAAUGACUCGCUUCCGCCAAGACCAAGGGCCCAUCAGCCCGAUUGACUUCGAUGUUACAUUUGCUGACCCUCUGGGAGCCGGAAUGGUCGAGCGUUGGUGCCAGGCAUUUUGGUGUGCCCCAUACGAAGCCAUGGGUUGCCCUGCUUCCGUGACGGGUUGCUGCAACCGCCGAGAAGUGAAAGAAAACUUCCUUGACCAGACAGAUGAUUCCGUCGCUCUCUGCUGCUGUCUAGGAAUUUGCUGCUGCGGCAGACAGGCCAAACGCCGCCGCAUGCGAACGCUUGUGUCCGGCUCUGCUACUCUUCACUGCACAGUUGCUUUAGUUCCCAAGGGCGAAGCAGAGGCUCAUCCGGUUGGCGCUGGCCGCGCUGCCCCCGAGCCCCUGGCAGAACCGGCGGACCGCCCCUCUCCCAACAUGAUUUUAUCUGACCCCGUGGGUUACCUAACACUGGUGAUAGGGAAUCAGACCUGUGCACUUAUUCAGGCAACUUCGAUGGGGUGCUGCAUGCUGACGAUACUGCUUCUUAUGGUCCUCAUCGCCGCGAUCAUAAUCAUUGCAAUCCGCGUCUAG